AUGGCACCCACACUCGUUCCCAGUCCUCGAAAUAUCGAUAUCCUCCGCUCGCUCAUCACAGAAGAACCUAUCAAGAAACAAAUACUGCGGAAUGCGAGGAGAGCGGCAGUCGCAGCAGGACCUGGUGCCGCGCACCACCUGCUUCGACGGAGUCUGAGCGUAAACGAUGCCCAGAAGGUGACACUGGGCGUUAUCGCCGUCUAUAUUGUUGUUAUUGCGUUGCUCUGGAAUUUACCGUAUAUACGCUGGUCGUUAUGGCCCUUCAAAAUGCUCGUUAUAGCCUUCCACGAAUUCGGACACGCUAUCACGGCUUGUUGCACAGGCGGAAAAGUCGAAUCCAUAUCGCUUGAUCCAAGAGAGGGGGGUGUUACCCACAUGCGGGGAGGGAUCAGUGCUGUUACACUGCCGGCCGGGUACCUUGGCUCCUCACUCAUCGGCGCCCUUUUGAUAUUCUGCGGCUUUGAUAUUGUAGCAAGCAAGGUUGCGAGCAUAGUUCUGGGGGUCUGCUUCUUGCUCACACUGUGGUGGGCAAGGAGAGACUGGCUUACGAUCGUCACUGUCCUACUGGCGGUUGGGUUGCUGAUUGCAUGUUGGUUCAUCGCUCAUGCGGAGGCGCUGAAAUAUGUGGUGCUUUUCAUAGGCGUCAUGUCUGCCCUCUACAGUGUUUGGGACAUUUGCGACGACCUCAUCCUGCGAAAAGUCAAUACCUCCGAUGCCUACGUCUUCGCCGAAAGAUAUGGGGGCUCCUCACAAUGCUGGGGUGUAAUCUGGUCCAUUGUAUCCCUCCUUUUCAUGGUUGGGGGCAUUCUCGCUGGAAUUGCCGCGUUCCCGGAAUCUGCUACUCAGCAAAAAGAUGACUCGAAAAAGUUCAUUCCAACUUAG